AUGGCUCCACUUUACCACCUCUGCUCGCAGAUACAAAACUCCUUCAAAUGGCAACUUCGCCGGAUCGCAGUGCCCAACUCGAAACCCAACCGGGCGAUAUGUCAGAUUCUCUACGACGAAGGGUUCGUCUCUUCCGUGGCGCUGGGCGAUGAGACAGGACCUUUCCCUGCCAAUGCGCCUGUUUUUACUGGGUUGGCAACCUCGCCAUCACCACAACCGACGUCCACACCCUCAUCCUCCUCCUCCGCCACCCCCAACCGGAAAUCCGCACUCGUCACACCACCGCCGAACCCCGCCCGCCUCCGCAUUUGGCUGGACCUAAAAUACAAGCACUCCCGCCCCGUCCUCUCCCGCAUGUCCGUAGUCUCGAAACCCUCUCGACGCGUGUAUGCAUCGCUGCGUGAGCUGCAGGCCGUUGCCGCGGCAAGACGUGCGGGCCCGUUAUUGAAGGGGCAGGAGGUUGGGCAGAUUACGAUUCUGGAUACGCCGUAUGGGAUCAUUGAGUUGAAGGAGGCGUUGAAGCAGGAGGUUGGAGGCGAAGUGCUUUGCAUCGCUGUUUAG